AUGCAUAUAAACUUGGAUAAAAGUUUAUACUUCCUUACAUCUCUUUUCCCCAUCAUUUUUGCAAGGGACGAUUCUCAACUGAUUGCAAACGUGGUUAAUGAUGUACUGCAAAAGCGUUACUUGAGGCACCCUAUUGAACUAAAAGGCCUUGUUGGAACUGAAGAAAUCUGCAGAAAUGUCGAAUUGUUAAUGAAAAGAGUUCGAAUAAUUGGAAUUUGGGGCAUGGGUGGAAUAGGAAAGACAACCAUUGCCAAAGUGUUGUUUGCCAAACUGUUUCCUCAGUAUGACAAUGUGUGCUUUGUGGUGAAAGAAAUCUCAGUUGAUAGGCUUCUGUUCGAGCUGUUAAAGGAAGAAAUUUCCACAUCUAACCUGGUAGGACUCGCAUUCGACAUGAAGAGGCUUAAUAACAAAAAGGUCCUCAUUGUGCUAGAUGAUGUGGAUAGUCUUGAUCAAUUGGAACAUUUGUGUAGAGAUUUUCGAGAUCUAAGUGAAGAUAGUCGACUCAUCAUAACUACAAGAAAUAGGCAAUUGCUUGCUGGAAGAGUUGAUUGGAUAUAUAAGGUUGAGAAAUGGAAAGCAUCUGAAUCUCUACAGCUUUUUAGCCUGGAAGCCUUCAAGGAAACUCAUCCUCAAAGGGGUUAUGAAGAUCUCGCCACAAUGGCAGUUAAGUAUGCUGGAGGCAUUCCCUUAGCUUUGAAAGUUUUGGGUUCGUAUCUUCGUUCGAAAAGUAUCAAAUUUUGGGAAAGUACUUUGAGAAAACUCAACAAGUAUCCCAAUGAGACGAUUGUAAAUUUGUUGAAGGUAAGCUAUGAUGGAUUGGAUGAUCUAGAGAAGAAGAUAUUCUUGGACAUUGCAUUUUUUUUCAAUGGAGAAGAGAAAGAUCAUGUCAUAAGCAUACUAGAUGCCUGUGGAUUUGAAGCAAGUAGUGGAAUAGAUGUUCUUGAAGAUAAAGCUUUGAUAACCAUUUCAUAUAACAACACAAUAGAAAUGCAUGAACUGCUACAAAAAAUGGGUUUUGACAUAGUGCGUAGAGAAUGUAGCGGAGACUUUGCAAGACGAAGUCGAUUGAGGGAUACUGAAGUUCGUGCUGUACUUAAAGAUAAUAAGGGGACUGAUGCAGUUGAAGGCAUAACGUUAGAUUUAUCUCUAAUCAAAGAUAUUCAUUUGAGUGUUGACACAUUCAACAAGAUGAAUAACAUGAGAUUUCUAAGAUUCUAUAUCCCCUUGGGUCAGAGUCCUGGCCAUGUGUACCUUCCAAGAGCUCUUAAGUCAUUUUCCAAUAAACUGAGGUACUUUGAGUGGAAUGGAUAUCCUUUAGAGUCUCUUCCUUCAACUUUUCAUGCUAAGUUGCUUGUUGAAAUUCGCAUGCCGCACAGUCGUGUCGAACAACUUUGGAGGGGAAAACAGGAACUUGAUAAUUUAGAGGGCAUUGACCUAAGUGAUUGCAAACAUUUGAUAAUGCUUCCGGAUUUGUCGAAGGCGUCAAGACUUAAAUGGGUGAAUCUAUCAGGUUGUGAGAGUUUGUGUGCUCUUCAUUCUUUGUCAACUAUACGGCUUCGUGUUUUAUUUUGA